GCUUGGCCGCGUGUGCGUUUUGAACCGUCCGAAAUGAUGCUUAAGGUGACUUAGUGACAAAGUGAAUUCUCGCGCAAAAGUAGUUGAAUUUGGUUUUGGACUAUCAGUGAACACAAAAUAUAAACUGUGAUCUCUUUAUAACUGUGAAUAGUUGAAAAACUAUAUCAGGAUACAACAUGGCUAAUAUGGAUAUUAAUGAGUUUCGUGAGUUUGGCAAAGCAGCAAUCGAUUUCGUGGCAGAUUACUUGGAGAAUAUCAGAGAAAGAGAUGUCCUUCCAUCAGUAGAGCCAGGCUAUUUGCAUGAUCUGUUGCCGAAAGAAAUUCCCGAGCAUGGAGACCACUGGAAAUCUAUAAUGGAAGAAUUCAAACGGUGCAUCUUACCUGGACUUACGCACUGGCAAUCGCCCAAUUUUCAUGCGUUUUAUCCCUCGCAAACUUCGUACUCAUCGAUCGUGGCUGAAACGAUUGCGGCGGGUCUUGGAGUCGUGGGAUUCAGUUGGAUUUGUAGCCCUGCCUGCACCGAGCUGGAAGUCAUCAUGAUGAACUGGUUGGGUCAACUGCUGGAUCUACCCAAGUGUUUCCUGAAUUGUGACGAGGGUAACGGCGGAGGUGUCAUUCAAGGAUCGGCAAGUGAGUCGAUUUUUAUAGCGGUUCUGGUGGCGCGUGAGCAGGCGGUUCGUCGAUUGAAGAUAGCACAUCCGGAACUAACGGAAGCUGAUAUUCGGGGACGUUUGGUGGCCUACACCAGUGAUCAAAGCAACAGUGCUGUUGAGAAGUCGGGAAUAUUGGGUGCUAUCAAGAUGCGUUUGCUACCAGCCGACGCUGAUUGUGUGUUAAGAGGAGACACAUUGAUCGAAGCCGUUGAAAAAGACAAGGCUAAUGGAUUGUUUCCAGUAGUUAUGAUUGCAACAUUGGGAACUACCGGUACAUGUGCUUACGAUAAUCUCGAAGAAAUCGGUCCGUAUUGCAACGCCAACAACAUUUGGCUUCAUAUCGAUGCCGCCUAUGCUGGAGCUUCAUUCUGUUUGCCAGAAUAUGCAUGGAUUAAGAAGGGUCUAGAGACGGCCGACUCAUUGAAUUUUAAUUUGCACAAGUGGCUAUUCGUGAAUUUCGAUUGUUGUGCCAUGUGGUUCAAGGAUGCGGAUAGAAUAACGGAGGCUUUUAGUGUUGAUCGCAUAUAUCUCCAGCAUAAGUACCAGGGUCAAAGCAAGGCUCCCGAUUAUCGUCACUGGCAGAUUCAACUCGGAAGACGUUUCCGUUCGUUGAAAGUGUGGGUUACACUGAAAACUAUGGGAGCUGAAAAAAUUCGGAAUUUACUCCGAUUCCAUAUUAGCUUGGCACAAAAAUUCGAAGCGUAUGUCCGGUCUGAUAGCAGAUUCGAGGUAACAUCUUCAACACUGGCACUGGUGUGCUUCCGUUUGAAGGGAGAUGACAGUAUUUCGAAACAGUUGUUGGAUAAUAUCACCAAGCGAAAGAAGAUCUUCCUAAUCCCUGCCUUCUUCCAAGGAAAAUAUAUAAUUCGUUUCAUGAUUGCCGGACUUGAUCCACAGCUCAAAGACAUCGACUACGCUUGGGAUGAGGUCAAAUCCCAAACAGAUCUGCUUCUCGGUACUGAUGAUAACGGGAAUAAAGUCCCGUGCAAAAGUUCGACAGAUCGCAAUGUUUUACAGAAAGAGAAACCAAUCGUGGAAAUUUCCAAGAGUUUCAAUGGGCUUGCAUUGAGUAACGAAAAGAUUCAAUAGAGUUUAGGCAUGUUUAUCUUUCAUCAGGCUGAUCGCUACUUUAAUGCAAUACAAUAAGGCAAGGUCAGGUUAGCAGAUGUUUUUACAUUAGUGAGAGAUAAGAAUAAUAGAAUAAUCGAUAUUUAUAAGAAAAUGUUAAUGAUUUGAUAAUAAACAUUUAUUUAUUAUUUUGGGAAAUAAUUGAAAUAAAUUACCCAUGGGGGUAACACCGUAAUCGCAAUUUGUCACUAAAUAUACUUGACAACAGCUGAACCAGUUCGAAUGUGUUAACCGCCAAAUGGAAGGUAUUCUAAUUCUAAAUGUCGCUGUCGAAUAUGGUUCGAAUCGUUCAACCGAUCCCGGAGAUAUGAUCGGAACAAGCUCAGGUGAACAUGGAACAUGGAAAAGAAAGGAAUUUGAAAUUAGGCAAAUCUAUCAUGCGACACCUCAUACCACACCACAAUUUGGAUGGAACCAGUUUGAUGGAAUUUAGGACCACAUUGGACACAGACGGUAUUUUUUCACUCAAAUUAAUAUCCGUCAUACGAUGCCUUUAAUUAAGUGAAUUCCUUUUUGCUUGUAAUUAGUUUAUUACUCUUGUGAAGACCAUCAAAUGGCCAUUAUUUUUCGUUCAAUAAUGAAGGUAUCAAUCUAAUAAUUCUUAUCAAACAACUUAAAUCCAACAUUAAAUUCACGUAAGCUCAAUAGUUCAAUUCAUUAAAAAACAACAACUUGAGAUUAAUAAAUGCGUAUCGGUUAAUCAGUUCAGUUA